CACAGGCUAUGAGCCUGUUUGAGAUUGCUGUAAGUAGGUUUAUAAUUUUUUAUUUAAAGCAUUAAUUCAUUUUUUUUUUCAGAGACAGAUUUCAAAACUUUAAAAAAGAAAAAAAAAAAAGAGUAAAAUAAAAUUGGCCCUAAAUUAGAACUUAAUUAUUUUUUGAAGAAAAACCGUAUUUCAUGAAAUUUCUUCUGGCUAAGGCCCCUGAAUGAAUAGUCAGUUCUAAAGAAGCCCCAAUGGUAACCACGUGCUCGUUUUGAUAAGUGCGAUGGUUGUUUUUGGAAAUUAGCCUCUCAACUCAAAGCAAAUAAAACGGUGUCGUAUCAUAGCGCAUCACCAACUUCUCUUGGCGGAGUUGUAGCAGCUAUAAAUGUAACGGCUACCAUUCCCAUGCAACUGAACUUUGAAUCAUUUUAAAUGCACAGAGAGAGAGAGUCGUUAACAGAACUGAACGAUCGCAUUCCUUUCAUCACCUUCUUUAAAACCCCAAGUUUCAAGUCCCUUAUCCUUUAUAUUUACAACUCUAUCAAUCUACUAUCCAACCUGACAAAUUAAUAAUAGAAAGAACAGAAGAAUCUCAAGAAUCUUGACUGGCUCGUUUAAUCUGAAUCUUGAAUCUGUUUAAAGGGAGUUUGGUGUUUUGCAAAAUUCUUGUGAAGAUGAAUGAUCUAAUGACAAAAUCUUUCUUAAGUUAUGUAGAACUGAAGAAGCAAGCCCGAAAGGAUCUUGAAACCGAAUUCGACAUAGAGUCUGGCUGUUGCCUUAACCCCACAGAUGAUCCAAACCUCUCUCAGUUCUUUCAAGAAGUUGAUGCUAUCAAGGCAGAAAUGGUAGAGACUACUAAUCUCUUGUUUGAUCUUCAAACCCUUGAUCAAGAAACCAAGUCCACUCACAGUAAUAAAGUUCUUCGAGGCCUGAGAGAUAGAAUGGAAGCAAAUAUAGUUGCAGUUUUGAGAAAAGCCAAGACUGUCAAAGCAAGACUCGAAUCACUUGAUCAAUCCAAUCAAUUCAGUCGUAAAAUAUCAGAAUUGUAUAAAGAAGGCAGUCCUGUUGAUAGAACAAGGAUAUUGGUCACCAAUGGUUUGAGGGUUCAACUUAGGGAGAUAAUGAAUGAAUUUCAGUUACUGAGAGAGAAGAUUUUAUGUGAUUACAAAGCUGAUCUAAAGAGAAGAUACUAUACUGCAACUGGAGAGGAACCAAGUGAAGAAAUAAUUGAAAAGAUUAUUUCAGCAAGCGGGGAAGUUCAAUUGUUUGCAGGGAAAGAAGGGGCUGUUGAUAUGAAGAGUAAGGAGAGACAUGAGUCUGUGAUGGACAUACAGAGAAGCUUGACAAAGCUGCAUCAGGUGUUUCUUGAUAUGGCUGUUAUUGUUGAAACACAAGGGGAGAAGUUGGAUGACAUUGAAGAAAAUGUGGCAUAUGCUGGUAAUUUUAUCAGUGGAGGAACUAACAGUCUUUACUAUGCCAACCAGAUGAAGAAGAAGAGGAAGGUUUGGGUUUUCUGGGUUUGGUAUGUGGUGUUCGUUAUACUGUUGGUUUGCAUUGUUGCACUGUUGGCUUCUUGAUAGAUCAACUCCAGAUGAUUAUUUGAAUACUGCCGAUUCAUGUCUGGUUGAAUUGCUCUAGUUCAGGAACAGGAAGGUUUCCUUUUUUUUUUUUUCUGCUUUGCUUCUUGAUUGGCUUUUAUUUAGGCUUGUGAAUUGGGUCCUUGUCAUACAUUGUUAUGUCACUGGUGUUAAUUUUGAUAGGGUGUUGUGUUGGUGUGCCUCUCUUGGCAAGCUCAGGAGACAUGUAGGAUGAUGAUGCUGAAUUAACAAUUAAUUAAAGCAUUUCCUUUCAAUCCCUUAUUAAAAGGAUUUCUUAAUUAUGUCAAUAGCAUUUGUAUCCCUAAUUCUUUUGGUUCCUGAAUUCCAACAUAUACAGAUGAAUUUAACAUGUUUUAGUUC